AUGUCACCAUACUCUCGCACUGAGCUCUCCAGCAACAUAACAAUCAACAUCGAGAAAAUCUUCAUCGAAGCCUCGCACUUUUGCAACACGGUGCAUCACACCCCAUACCUUAUCAACUGGCAAAUUUCCUCCAGAACUCCCCGUCCUGGCCUAUGGACAGAUCUAAAGUACAUCUGGCACCGACAUCGCUUUCUUCAUCGAAAACCAUUUCGAGAGCUCGUCAAAGUUCUGCAACGAUAUGAAGAUUUCGCAACGCGGGCCACAAUUGUUCUGCGGGAUCAACGAUACGACUUCUAUCGUCUGAUAGCCCUGACAUGGACAUAUGCUCGGGUUGCCGAGUUCGCGAAUCGUAGUCUAUCGAGUGUACUGAAGUAUGGCCGUUGGGACAAGAGCAAGUUGGGUCAGGAAGUCUGCGGCUUGUUGUGCAAUGUUUUGACAUUUUUGGAGUGGUGGCUGAGAGAUCUGGAUGCCCCAGGAGGAUACGUCUCUAAGAUGAUCGAAAUUUCUCAUCUCGAGCGCUUGGCGGAGGAGCUCAACCACGCCGUCCUCAAGCGACAUGUGAGGCUGCAGCAAGUUGCUGAGGCGUGGAAGCAUGAAGAUAGAAAGGGCCUCCAGGUCUGGGCCAGAGUGCACAGGAAGCCGAACCUCAGAAUCAUGGUUCCUAGAAACCAGAGGAAGAUUACAUCCAAGUAUUAUCAGAGCGAAAUCGUACAAAGCUUGCCAGCAGCUUCUGAGAGCAGCUCCAACGAUCGAUCGAUGCAUCCUGGAGAAGAGCCCACCCUUCUUGAAGACAUGGACAAGAUUGACCUCGGUCUUCCCACUGCCAGAAAUCCAUUCAUUCCCGUUCCAGACUGCGUAGUAUGCGGCGACCAAAUCUCAAGCGGCCGACGCAGGAUUCGGAUAAACGAAUAUUAUUGCUGUCCCGCAUGCUUCGAUGCUCCAGGUGGUUUCCGAUCGCAAUUCGAAGCCUUCGUGAGACCUGGCAUCCAGCAAAGGCCAAAGUUCGGCGACAAAGAUAUCGAGUUCGAAGGGUGUUGUUGGUUAUUUUCUGAGGCGUUCUACCAUGCUUUCAAGUACAAGCUUAACGAGCUGAAAUACCUACCGGAGAACAGACUGUAUUGCGCCAGAGACGGUUGCGCUAGAUUCCUGGGUCCUCGGGAUGGGGCUUUUGCGGACCUCAUGAUAUGUCCAUGUGGAGCGAGAACUUGUUGGAAAUGUGAUGCAAUGAUAGGAGAAUCGCGUAACGACAAGACGCAGUGGCCUGAGCAUGAAUGCGUGAAGAAAGAGACGGUAGAGAAAGCGCUGGAGGGUCUAAGGCGUGGAAGGGAUUAUCAAUUCUGUCCGGGCUGCCGCUGGGUGAUCGAGCUGUCAGACGCUUGUAAUCAUAUGACCUGCCAGUACAGUUGUGGGACCCAUUUCUGCUACUUAUGCGGCCAGAGAGCGAGGCCGAAGUCGGGUCACUGGGCUCAAGGUGCUCCUUGCCCACUUUACGGUCCUCCCGAUGGUCCUAAUCCACUCUACGAGCCGGAAGAUGACGAGGAGAGUGAAGACGACGAAGAAGAUGAGGACGACGACGAAGAUGGGGACGACAAUGAGGAUGACGACCCUGUUCCAGACGGCGAUGUUAUAGACAACAACCCAAAUGAGGACUAUGGUGGAGACGAGGAAGCUCCAGACCACCAACCUGGCAGGGGCCACGAUGCAGAUGGCCCUCUUCCAAACCAGCAAGCAGACGAGGAUAACGGCGGCGACGGCGCUCCAGAACAACGCUUGAUCGAAAAUGAUGAACAGGAAGGCGGCCACGACGCCCUUAUCGACGAUUUAUGGGAUAACGCGGAAGAAGGGGACCUUCGGGAGGAGGCGGGAAUGUUCGCGCCACAACGAGUAUUGCCAAUUGCUUACCGUAUCCAGGUCUUCAUCUUGUCCGAGUCAACGUAUCGCAUGAACCAUGGAAUGCCUUGGUAUCUCGUCAGCGAUAUUUCAGGCCCCAAUCAGGAUCCUCCACAGGGUGCACAGGCUAACAUCUUCUCCUGGCUUCGUCGCAAGGAUCGCCGCCAGCUCCUAGACAUGUAUGUUGACCUGCAGGAGUGGGGACUUCAAAGGAUGCCGGGUCCGUUCCAUCCCGGCAUGCAUGCUUUGGGGUGUUUGAUCAAGACACUUCUAUUAGGUCUGGAUUAUUAUACCGUCCACGAGAUCGAUCGUCUGGAGGACAGAGCGACAUUUGUCCAGUACCUCGAGCAUUGGUAUCCACUGAGCGGCCAUGGUCUUAUGCUGAUGCCCAAUCAAGCAAACCUGCGGUAUCCGACACUUUCGCGAAUCUUCACGACAUAUUGCAUGGCAAGGACAGGCAAUAUAGAGCACCUAAGAUACUGGCUUUGGGAGAGAAUGCGGACGCCGGACAGAGAGGAUGAUCCGUAUAUCGACAGGAGGCACUCGCUGGACGAAUUAGCUCUCUCCUUAGCAAUGGAGCCUGAUCUGCCAGUAGACGGGGCGCCAAAUCAGGUUGUGCCGCAAUGA